CAUUUCCUGCGCUUGUUUCCUGAAACUCCAAUAGUCCAAUAUCUUUCUCCUCGAUCAACAACGAAGAAUAAAAAAGGCAAACACAAAUUCAACCCAAAAUUAAGAAAAAAAAAUCCAUGGCAGUGAAAAACUCAGCUUCUGCUCAUGCCAAACGCUCUCGAAGAAAAGAUGCUGGUGCUUUUUCUUUGAUCCCAAAACUUCUCAAAAACCCAAAAACAGCAAUGGCUUUGGCUUUGCUUUUCAUUGACGCCCUCCUCGUCUCCUUCAUCAUCGCCUACGUCCCUUAUACGAAGAUAGAUUGGGACGCUUACAUGUCUCAGGUAAGUGGGUUUCUCGGUGGAGAAAGGGAUUACAAGAACUUGAAAGGAGACACUGGGCCGCUUGUCUACCCAGCUGGCUUCCUUUAUGUUUAUUCCGCUAUUCAGUAUGUUACAGGAGGACAGGUUUUUCCAGCUCAGAUUUUGUUUGGGAUUUUAUACAUCAUAAACCUGGGAAUCGUCUUAUUAAUCUAUGUAAAGACUGAUGUGCUUCCAUGGUGGGCUCUGAGCUUGGUUUCUCUUUCAAAGAGAGUUCACUCAAUAUUUGUGCUUCGUCUGUUUAAUGACUGUUUUGCAAUGACACUUCUCCAUGCUGCGAUGGCAUCCAUUCUUUACCAACGGUGGCAUUUGGGAUUGAUUAUUUUUAGUGCUGCAGUUUCAAUAAAGAUGAAUGUCCUCCUUUAUGCUCCACCUCUUUUAAUACUCAUGCUACAGGCUAUGAAUAUCAGUGGGAUAAUAUCAGCUUUAGCUGGUGCGGCGCUGGUGCAGAUUGUGCUGGGGCUGCCCUUUCUAGUAUCAUAUCCAAUUGAAUAUAUAUCGCAAGCCUUUAAUCUUGGACGUGUCUUCAUCCACUUCUGGUCUGUCAACUUCAAGUUCAUUCCUGAACCAAUUUUUGUAUCAAAGGAAUUUGCUGUCUCUUUGCUGAUUGCUCACCUUGUAUUACUCGCAUUUUUUGCUCAUUAUAAAUGGUGCAAGCAUGAAGGUGGGCUUCUUAAUUUUUUGUGUUUGAGGAUUAGAUCUUAUUUCUCAACAUCUAGCAGUUCAUUGCCAAAAACCCUCAAGAAAGAAUAUAUCACGACAACCAUGUUUGUUGGAAACUUCAUUGGCAUUGUAUGUGCCCGCUCAUUGCAUUAUCAAUUCUAUUCAUGGUAUUUCUAUAGCUUGCCUUACCUGUUGUGGAGAACACCUUUCCCUACAUUGCUUCGUGUUUUUUUGUUCCUAGGAGUGGAGCUGUGCUGGAAUGUGUAUCCAUCAAACUCUUGUUCAUCUGUUCUACUCCUUUGUCUUCACCUAGUUAUAUUGUGGGGUUUAUGGUCUUCCUCACCCGAAAAUCCCUGUGUGAGUGAUAAAUCGCUUAGUAGAAAGGACAAAUGAAGUGCCAAGUAUUUUCUUUGGCUGGUGAAAUUUUUGUACUCAUCUUAUAAAUAUAAACCCAUUACACCUCAUAUCAAGUUCUGUAGUUAUUUACGCA